AGAGGAUACAGACUCUCAUUGUUAUUUAUUUAUCUAUAUUUUUUAACAAAAUUUCUAAUAUAUUGCUGAAGCUAAAGAAAAAUCCAAAACAAUCAGAGAUUCUCGAUAAACAAUAUCUUUGUUGGUAUAUCACUGUAAUUGUUCAGCACUGCUGAGGCUUUUGCACCACGUAAUUUAUUGUACUCGAGCUUAUGCAAUUAUACAAAUCACUAGUCGUCUAGCUCAAAACCCAGAAAGAAGUUGAAUAGAGGCAAAGGGCGAGCACGUGAUGUUGAACGAACCACUUAUCGACCAACCUCAACAAAACCUUAAUGAUAAUUUCCCUUGGAUUCUUAUCAGAUAUCUAUAUGUUGCCCAUUUCUUGGCCAGAUGGGGUGCCAGGAUGUGGGAAUUCUCUGUUGGUUUGUAUAUGAUAAACGUUUGGCCAGACUCUUUACUCUUUGCCGCUAUAUAUGGUGUGCUGGAAUCUGCCUCUACCGCAGUUUUUGGUCCCAUUGUUGGACAAUGGGUGGAUAGGUUGACAUAUAAAAAGGUUCUUCAACUUUGGUUGGUAACAAAGAAUCUUUCUUUUAUAAUUGCCGGCGGCACUGUGAUAGCAUUACUGGUGUACUCAUCACUGAAGCUCACAAACUUCGCCGUAUUCAUUUUGCUCAUUGUGUUAGUUAACAUCUCUGGAGCUGUUGGUGUGCUUUCAACUCUUGCUGGUACCAUCUUAAUAGAAAGAGAAUGGGUGGUGGUGAUAUCAGAAGGCCGAUCUCCAGAGGUACUUACAAAUAUGAAUUCAGUCUUUAGACGUAUCGAUCUGACCUGCAAGCUGGGUGCUCCCGUUAUAACUGGGUUCAUAAUCAGCUUUGUGUCAUUAAAAGCUUCUGCUUUGACUUUGGCACUGUGGAAUACAAUAUCCGUUUGGGUAGAAUAUUGGCUUUUCAUUUCUGUAUAUAAUGGGAUUCCAGCUUUAGGCGAAACCAGCCAGAGGAAGGUUUCAAGACCUUGCCAAAGUUACGGUGAAGAGGUAACAUCUGCUUCCGAGGAAAGAAAUAGCUUGCUUUCUGUUAAUGAACAAGGCAUUUCAGGAUUGGCAGAGGAAAGUAGCUGGAUGAAGAAAAUAAGCGAAUCGAUUUCAAAAAUUCCUUAUGUUGAAGCAUGGAAAGUGUAUUUGAAGCAAGAGGCUGUAAUCCCUGGUGUAGCCCUGUCUCUGCUAUAUUUCACUGUUCUAAGUUUUGGAACUUUAAUGACAGCUACCUUAGAGUGGGAAGGUAUACCUGCAUUCGUUAUUGGCAUAGCCCGUGGAGUUAGCGCUAUAAUUGGAAUUGCUGCAACACUUGUGUAUCCAAUCCUGCAAUUUAGAAUUCUAACACUAAGAACAGGACUCUGGUCUGUAUGGUCUCAGUGGAUCUGCCUCCUACUGUGUGUGGGUUCAAUAUGGGUUAGAAAUGGGCUUUUAUCAGCAUAUAUGCUGAUGGGAGGAGUUGCAACAUCUAGGCUUGGACUGUGGAUGUUUGAUUUAUCUGUCAUACAACAAAUGCAGGAUCAAGUUGGAGAAUCAGAUCGUUGUGUAGUGGGAGGUGUACAAAAUUCUCUUCAAUCCAUUAUGGACAUGAUGGGAUAUGUCAUGGGAAUCGUUAUCUCCAAUCCACAGGAUUUCUGGAAGUUAACUUUGCUAUCAUUUGGUGCUGUAACAUUGGCUGGAUUACUCUAUACAUUACACCUUUACCGUGUCCGAAAGCACCUCUUUCACUUUGAAAAGCUAUUUAUGCUGCUUAAGUGGCAUACAGGAUCAUCUGAAAGUGCAGAAUUUAGCUGAGCGGUGACAGAGUGAGAGAUGAAGAGGUUGAUUGAAAGUAGCAUGCUGUUGGACAAGGACGAUUUGUAUGAAUUGAGCAGGAAUUUGGUUUAAGGAGGCUAAAGUGGGUGCAUAUUUGUUUAUAAUGAAUUUUGCCAUGUACUUUAUAGCUUGAGUGGAACAAAAUUGUAUUUGAAAUUGAAUGUAUUUAAAUUUUGUGGGAGUUAGAGAU